UUUUGCCAUACCGACGAACCCAAAAGUAUCCCAUCAAUCCACAUGUCUUUUAAAUAUCUCUCUCUUCCACACCCAUUUUGAUUCCAUUGCUAUCUUCGUAGCGUGAGAGAUAUCAUCACGCGGCUUCUCUCUCUCUCUCUCCCCCCACCGACAAAAAUACAAUGGCGAACGCGGCCGUUAGAUUGGAUCUGGACGGAAAGCCGAUCAAGCCGAUCACGAUCUGCAUGAUCGGCGCCGGAGGUUUCAUCGGCUCUCACCUCUGCGAGAAGCUCCUGAACGAGACUCCACACAAGGUCCUCGCGCUCGACGUCUACAACGACAAGAUCAAGCACUUGCUCGAGCCUGACACUUCCGAGUGGGCGGAGAGGAUCCAGUUCCAUCGCAUCAACAUCAAGCAUGAUUCUAGACUCGAGGGACUCGUCAAAAUGGCAGAUCUGACGAUCAAUCUCGCAGCGAUCUGUACACCGGCUGAUUACAAUACGCGUCCUCUUGACACUAUCUACAGCAACUUCAUCGAUGCUCUCCCUGUGGUUAAGUACUGCUCAGAGAACAACAAGCGUCUUAUUCACUUUUCCACCUGUGAAGUGUAUGGGAAAACUAUUGGAAGCUUUCUUCCUAAGGAUCAUCCUCUGCGUCAGGAUCCUGAAUUUUACGUACUCAAAGAAGAUGCAUCCCCUUGCAUUUUUGGCUCUAUUGAGAAGCAGAGGUGGUCAUAUGCUUGUGCGAAGCAACUGAUUGAGAGACUUGUCUACGCUGAGGGUGCUGAGAACGGACUUGAGUUCACCAUUGUAAGACCGUUUAACUGGAUUGGACCUAGGAUGGAUUUCAUCCCUGGCAUUGAUGGUCCUAGCGAGGGUGUCCCUCGUGUCCUAGCCUGCUUUAGCAACAACCUUCUGCGGCGUGAACCUCUCAAGCUUGUGGACGGUGGAGAAUCGCAGAGAACCUUCAUCUACAUCAAGGAUGCAAUUGAAGCUGUCCUCCUGAUGAUUGAAAACCCAGAGAGAGCCAAUGGGCAUAUCUUCAACGUAGGUAACCCGAACAAUGAAGUGACAGUAAGACAACUUGCUGAAAUGAUGACUAAGGUUUACUCAAAAGUGAGUGGAGAGACAGCAAUUGAGAGUCCAACGAUAGACGUGAGCUCCAAAGAAUUUUAUGGAGAGGGUUACGAUGAUAGUGACAAGAGAAUCCCAGACAUGACCAUCAUCAACCGUCAACUUGGAUGGAACCCGAAGACUUCUCUUUGGGACUUGCUCGAGUCGACCUUAACUUACCAGCACAGGACCUAUGCGGAAGCCGUUAAGAAGGCCACCUCAAAACCUGUCGCUUCUUAGAGGUCCAUCAUCACUUCGAAUCAUUUGGUGGCUACUAUUCCAUUCUUUUUUUGUUUUUUUUUUUAAUUCACCCAUAUCACUAAAAACAGGCCAGUUCAUGCGAGUGAUAACAUCAUGGUCGUUGGUUCUAGUUUACGCGUUAUUGCUAUAUAGUAUAUGUUAAUGUCUUUAAAUUCGUUGUUGACGCUUUUAUACUUUGUACUUUGGCCGAAACUAAAAAAAGGAAUUGUUUUUUUCAAAA